AUGGUAAUUAUCUCAUAUUAUGUACCUAAUGAAAAGGUCCAUGUGACGAGCACGUGCCCAUCCAUUGAAGAUUCGAGAAAUUCUUCCAAGUCCCAAACCCAACCCGCACAGCACACAUUUCACACACUGAACACACUGUCACAAAUCACAGCCGCCGAUCGAGAGAAGAAUACGAUAAAGAGACCUUGGCCAGUUAUAGCAAUGGGCAUCGACAAGGAGUUGCUGAGGGCCGGCACCGGCCCGAAACCUGUCCCCGGGCAAACCGUCACCGUCCACUGCACCGGAUUCGGUAAAAAUGGCGAUCUUACCAAAACGUUCUGGAGUACCAAAGAUCCAGGUCAAAAGCCUUUCACUUUCCAAAUCGGCCAGGGCAAAGUUAUCAAAGGCUGGGAUGAAGGGGUGUUAGGGAUGCAAGUGGGAGAAGUUGCUCGUCUUCGGUGCUCUCCGGACUAUGCUUAUGGCCCAAGUGGCUUCGCGGCUUGGGGCAUUCAGCCAAACUCAGUUCUGGUUUUCGAGAUUGAAGUUCUGAAUGUUGAAUAA